AUGGCAGCAACCGUGAUUAGGACGCUAAGCCAUUUUGGUUUGGCGAGACCCCUCCAGACCUGCUUCUUUCCUGUGGAGGAUGAGGAAGAGACCGAAGAGGAAUAUGAAGAGGAGCUGAGAGAGGAGGUUGAAAGCAGUCUGGAGGUGGAAGAGGACGGAGUGUCCAGUGAGUCUAAAGAGGAAGAGCCAUGGAGUUGUGAUUCCUCCCACAAUAACACUGAGAUGACCAACCAACUGUUGCGGUUUGCUGAGCUCAUCAGCAACGAUGUGCAACACUAUUUUGGGCAAAGCCAAGACCCCGAUGCCUGUGACAUUUAUGCAGAGAGACCAUAUCCAAAAGUUGGGGGCUGUCAGCGCUACUAUGCUGACUUCAUUAAAGUUGCAUCAUCAGGGCAAGAGGAAGAGCCAGAGUCACUAGGGCCCCUUGCAGAGCUCUUUCAUGAUGCUCAAAGAAAGGGGCGGGGUCUACCCAUGAGUCAAUGCCGCCUACCAAUCAGCUUCUGGACAGAGCCACUCUCACACCAAUUAGAUGUGUUAAGUGUUACAAAUAUACAAGAUAACUCACUCAGUAUGAGCAAAACUCCAGAGAGCUCCCUUAACAUCAACACAUCAUUGGGCAUGUUUAGAAACAAGGAUGUUUGCACCAUGGCCAGCUCCAAUGACUCAAGGACUCUCAGUAGCUCAAGCACUCCAGAUUUCAGUGAUUUACUUGCUCACUGGGCGAUGGACAAAGACAACACCAGUGAAUUUAACUGUGACUUCUAG